GUAAAACCAACCGAGGAAGUAAGCCACAACCUUCCAUCUCCUCCACAACAGUGAGUCACUGCAGCUUACUCUUUAAAAACCUCCAAAAAACCCGAAUUUCUCCAAUCUAAAUUCAUUUCAAUUCAACCCCCAUUCACCGAUCCUCUCAAUUCUUCUUUCGUUAAAGAAGAAAUCCCCAUCCAAGACACAAAAAUUCGUAUGCAUACAUACGGACUUUCGAUUCUUUUAAAUUGAUAGAGUAAUUAAUGUCAGGUAAGGGAAGCUUUGCGGUGUCGCGUAGCCAUGGGGGAGACAGAUUUUACAACCCACCGGCAGUACGGAAGAAACAGCAAUUGCUGCUACAGCAACAACAUUCGAUGCAGAAGCAGCAGUUGAUGCCCCAGCAACAGCAGCAGGAGUUGCAGAGGGCGGCGGUGAAGACGGAGUCAUUUGCCCAUGCGGAGUCGGGAAACCGAAGCGAGUCUGAUGGUUCGAAUGCAGCAUUGUCGAAACAGGAUUCUGUCCGCUCGGUUUCGCCUCCUGCACCACCGCCUGUUGGAGUUACUAACUUGGAUCGUUUGAUGGAAUCUGUAACUCCCUUCAUUCCUGCACAGUGCGAGGCUGAGGCCAAUGCAAGGGGAUGGAGAAUGCGGAAAGCAGUGUCCCAUCCAUUUUAUUGCCUGGAUGAUCUGUGGGAAUCUUUUAACGAGUGGAGUGUGUAUGGUGCUGGAGUACCUUUGAUAUUGAAUGAGAAAGACCGAAUCAUACAGUAUUAUGUUCCAUACUUGUCGGGCAUACAGUUGUACAUAGACUCUAAGAAGCCUCCUUCAUCACUUAGGAGGCCUGGUGAGGAGGGUGAUGCUGCAUCAAUGGAAACAAGUAGUGCUAGCAACAGUGAUUGUGAAGCUGAUAGGCGUUUGAAAUCCCUUGUGGAUGGGUCGAGGAAUCAGCAGAACCUCAUGAAUUCUAACUCCCAACGUCUUAACAAACUCGCACUGAGAGAUAAAUCUGUCAUCGGUUCAUCCAGUGACGAAGCUGAAAUUUCAAGUUCACCUGGAUUGCUCUCGUUUGAAUAUUUGGAACAAGAACAACCACAUAACCGUAGACCACUAACUGACAAGAUUUCCGUUCUUGCUUCCCAAUUUCCUGAACUGAAGAAGUACAGAAGCUGUGAUCUACUUCCAGCAAGUUGGAUGUGUGUAGCUUGGUAUCCAAUUUACAGAAUACCCAUAGGCCCAACACUACAUGAUCUGGACGCAUCAUUUUUGACCUUCCAUUCCUUGUCAACGCGCUCUAGAAGUAAUAUUGCGCCUCAAUUUCAUGCUGCAAACACUAGGCAAGUCCGUGGAAUUGUCGAUCCGUCUUCAAAGAUUUCAUUACCAGUCUUUGGCCUUGCUUCAUACAAGUUAACAGGUUCAAUUUUGAGUCCUUGUGCAGCUCAUGAGCACGAGCAAGAGAACUCUCUUUUGCAAGCUGCAGACAAUUGGCUUCGCAAUUUGCAGGUUAUUCUCCAUGAUUACCAAUUUUUUGUUACUCACUACUCCCAAAGGAGAUGAAGGGCGUCUCUUUUUGGUGAGCAGAAGUUUCGUGCCAAUUGCGGGGCGAUCAUUUUUUGAAGUUGAGCUUCUAUAGAACUACCCCCCUCUUCUCAGCCGACCAAAUAGCCUGGUAAAAGAUUGUGCCCUGUUUUUUUGAGCUUUCUUGUGUUAUGGGCACGUUUAAAAUACCUUCAAUAGCGUUGUUAUUCAGGAAAGUAGGAUAUAUCAUGUGGCUUUGGCUGGGUGUCAAUUCACCUUAGAUGAUAAAAUCGACUGGUGUGGGAUAUAGGAUGCCUUGCACAUCAUUAUGUUGUUUAGAGACUUACAGGAGAUAUAAUCAGCACCAAGAUGCGAAUUGGCCUCUUGUGAGGACAUAGGGUAAUCAAAGUGGGUUUCCAUUUUUGCCGUUCUUUAUAACAAUCAUGCUCUUGUUAUGUUGUGGUGAAGGCAGUUGAGCCGUAUGAGACAUCAGUGUAUUACUGAAACCCUUGAUUUUGAUAAUUUCUGCAACAGUGAUGAAAAUUUGAACGAUUUGUGUUCUCUGUACUUUUAGAAUGCAUAUAAAAACCCAUAGCAGUAGAGUUCUCA